AUGGGACGCUUCACAAAAUCAACAACUGAAUCAGGAACAACGCCCAGUCUCUGUAGAACACUCGACAUUAUAAAAGAUCCAAACACUAAGGUUGAGUCCAACCCAAAGUUAGAAGUCUCGUCGAAAACGCAUUUUACUUUCCCGGUCACGGAUGGAAGAAAUCCGAAACUAACAAUAACAUCGUCUGGUCCUGUUACGAUCAUGGAGUUAAAUUUCGAUCAAGAUAAUGUACACCGAGUUGUUCUUACUUUCUUGAACGAAGCUGGGGAUGUUGUCAACAAUGAAACGAAAUUUAUCGAAACAAAGCAAGGAACCACGGCUCCAACCUGCUCAGUUAUAUAUUUGAAUUUGGAUGAUGUCACACUAACGAUAGGCGAUGGAAUGUCUGAAGAAAGUUCUGGAUCUUUCACUUAUUCACCUGGCAGCUCCUUGAGUAUAGAAACCGCCGAGCCGAAAAUCAUUAUGAAUAUUGAAUUUGAUGUGGAAAAUACUGAUUCUGUAGAAGUCAAAAUAUCUGAAGCUAACAAUAACAUUGGAAAAACUUUCUCAGUAAAACCCACAAAUGGGAGAAUUAAUUUUCCUGUUGAAACGACUGGUUCAAUGAUAACGUUCUUUCCAAAACUUGCUGAUUUUGCUAAAAUUGGUUCAAUAAAAAAUCUAAAAAUAAAGAUUUGUGGAGAAGUUUCAACUAUCGCACCAGUGACAACGACAAUGGGACGCUUCACAAAAUCAACAACUGAAUCAGGAACAACGCCCAGUCUCUGUAGAACACUCGACAUUAUAAAAGAUCCAAACACUAAAGUUGAGUCCAACCCAAAGUUAGAAGUCUCGUCGAAAACGCAUUUUACUUUCCCGGUCACGGAUGGAAGAAAUCCGAAACUAACAAUAACAUCGUCUGGUCCUGUUACGAUCAUGGAGUUAAAUUUCGAUCAAGAUAAUGUACAACGAGUUGUUCUUACUUUCUUGAACGAAGCUGGGGAUGUUGUCAACAAUGAAACGAAAUUUAUCGAAACAAAGUCGACAAAGUUCAAUUUUAAUGUCAUGGCCAAAACGGUUAUUGUUGAACUUUUCCCGGAAAUCCCGUUAGGAAAUGUAGUAAUUAACAACAUGGAAGUAUGGAUUUGUGGCGAACCAGGUCAACAUGAGUUUUUUUUGUGA